AUGAUUGACUCCAUCGGAGACGCCAUGAAGAAGGCUACAAGCACCUUGCCCAUCCCAACCGUCGUACCCGAUGCACCAGAGCUCCAGAAGUCUGGCGAUGUUGGCAACCGUACCCUCUGGGUCGUGUUCGUCAUCAUGGUCAUCUCCUCCAUCGCCUUCUAUGCUAUGGCAUUCCGUGUCCCAGUCCAAAAACGUUUGUUCCAUAUCCUGACAGCUUUUAUUACGACUUUCGCUGCCAUCUCCUACUUUGCCAUGGCCGUUGGUGAUGGUAUCAGCCACAAUAAGAUCGUCAUUAAGGAGAAGCAAAAGAACUUCCCAGAUGUCGACCACAUCAUCUACCGCGAGGUUUACUGGGCUCGAUAUGUUGACUGGAGUGUGACUACCCCACUCCUGCUCCUAGAUCUCUCACUCUUGGCUGGUCUUGCUGGUGCCAAUAUUCUGGUUGCCAUCGUUGCCGAUGUCAUUAUGAUCUUGACCGGUCUGUUCGCCGCUUUCACCGUCGACUCAGGUCCCAAGUGGGGUUGGUAUGCUAUUGCAUGCAUCGCCUACCUUGUCGUCGUCUACCAGCUCGCUUUCAAUGCUCGUGGCGUGGUCAAGGGCAAGGAUUCCAAGACAGCCACCUUCUUCACUGCCAUCGCCGGUUUCACACUCAUCCUGUGGACCGUCUACCCAGUGAUCUGGGGCGUUGCCGACGGCUCUCGCAAGGCUGAUGUUGACGCUGAGAUUGUUGCCUAUGCCGUCCUUGACGUUCUGGCUAAGCCUGUCUUCGGCUUCUGGCUCCUCUUCACUCAUGACUCUCUGUCCAGCACUGGCUCUAUCGAGGGCUUCUGGGCCAAUGGCUUCGGUAAGGAGGGUACCCUCCGUGUCGGUGAUGACGACGAGGGAGCGUAA